CUUUCUUCAUGUCCCCAUGCUCCCCCUUCAUCGCUCCCCCCUCGACCGUAUCCCAGCGGGUCCUGGCUUCCAUACAUGGUCACGGCCCUGCUUCUAACUCCCUGACGUUCCCCCACCCCGUCCCCCGCCCACACCGGACACGGCCCCCGCCCUGCUCGCCCCAAGCUGUCUGCCAGCGCACCGCCAUGGAGGACCUGGAUGCCCUGCUCUCUGACCUGGAGACCACCACUUCACACAUGUCACGGUUAGGGGCUCCAAAAGAGCGCCCACCAGAGACACUCACACCUCCCCCACCCUAUGGCCACCAGCCACAGACAGGGUCUGGAGAGCCUUCAGGAGCCUCUGGGGAGAAGGAUCAUCUGUACAGUAUGCAAGCCUCGGUCCCCAAAGCCUGUGGCCCCUGUGGCUCCACCAUUCUCCUCUUCCAGUGGUGUCUUGGGCAAUGGGCUCUGUGAGCUAGAUCGUUUGCUUCAGGAACUUAAUGCCACCCAGUUCAACAUCACAGAUGAGAUCAUGUCUCAGUUCCCAUCUAGUAAGAUGGCUGAAGGGGAAGAGAAGGAGGACCAAACUGAAGACAAGAGCACACCCACUGUUCCCCCCAGCCCAUUCCCUGUCUCCCCCAAGCCUUCAGCCACCUCAGCCACUCUGGAGUUGGAUAGACUGAUGGCAUCACUCUCCGACUUCCGGGUCCAGAACCACCUCCCAGCCUCAGGGCCAUCUCAGCCCCCAGUGGUGAGCUCCACCCAAGAGAGGUGCCCUUCUCCACCAGGACAGACUAGCAAGGGCAGUCUGGACACCAUGCUGGGCCUGCUGCAAUCCGACCUCAGCCGCCGUGGUGUUCCCACUCAGGCCAAAGGCCUCUGUGGCUCCUGCAAUAAACCUAUAGCCGGCCAAGUGGUUACUGCGCUGGGCAAAGCCUGGCACCCUGAGCACUUCCUUUGCAGCGGUUGUUCCACAACCCUGGGAGGCAGCAGUUUCUUCGAGAAGGAUGGGGCUCCCUUUUGCCCCGAGUGCUACUUCGAGCGCUUUUCCCCACGUUGUGGCUUCUGCAACCAACCCAUCCGACAUAAAAUGGUUACUGCCUUGGGCACCCACUGGCACCCAGAACAUUUCUGCUGCGUCAGCUGUGGGGAGCCCUUCGGAGAAGAGGGUUUCCACGAGCGGGAGGGCCGCCCCUACUGCCGGCGGGACUUCCUGCAGCUGUUCGCCCCGCGCUGCCAGGGCUGCCAAGGCCCCAUUUUGGAUAACUACAUCUCGGCGCUCAGCGCGCUCUGGCAUCCAGACUGCUUCGUCUGCAGGGAAUGCCUCGCGCCCUUCUCCGGAGGCAGCUUUUUUGAGCACGAGGGUCGCCCGCUGUGUGAGAACCAUUUCCACGCCCAGCGUGGUUCGCUGUGUGCCACGUGUGGCCUCCCGGUGACUGGCCGCUGCGUGUCUGCUCUGGGACGCCGCUUCCACCCGGAUCACUUCACCUGCACAUUCUGCCUGCGUCCACUCACAAAAGGCUCCUUCCAGGAGCGCGCCGGCAAGCCUUACUGCCAGCCUUGCUUCCUGAAGCUCUUCGGCUGACGCCCUGGUGGGAUCACGCGGCUCCAAAACUAAAUCUCCAAAGACCCAUUUGUGAAGAAGCUUGAGUCCUCCAGAUCCCUAUCUACCCAGACAUCCCUUGUCCCUACCCCCACUCCCAUUCCCGUUGUAGCCCAGCCACUGGAGCGACCUACCCCUAAGGUACUCACUCAAGGUUUGUCAAGUUCGGAAAGGGACCCACGUGCCUAAAACAUCCACUUGCUUGGAAUGCAGAUCUCACUCUGGCCUGAUCCCGGUUCUUGUAAAUCCAACCAAUCAGAAGCCAGGAUAUCCCUAUUUCCCCACCGCCCACUAUUCUGUACACUCUUUUUUUUCUACAAACAUAAAAACACACUCCAUAA